AUGUCUGUCAAAGACCCAGCUAUGAUGCCACCGAAAUGUUGCACUAACGACCACAUACCGUUGAAGCACGUUGAGAAGCUGUUCGACCUCAAGUUCAAAAUGUUGUGGAAUCGUAAAUACCAGGAAUAUCACACCAAGAACAGGAUCUACUGCCCUGCACAGAAAUGCGGCGAGUGGAUCAAGCCUUCUCACAUGCACACAUAUCACGGCAGGAAGUAUGCGCAAUGUCCUCGAUGCAGCACCAAAGUAUGCCUCUCUUGCAACGGAAAGCUACACAAAUCGCGAGACUGUCCUCAAGAUCCAGAAAUCGCCAAACUCGUGGAACAAGCUAAGGAAAAGGGUUGGCAGACGUGCUACAGCUGCCAUGCGAUGGUCGAGCUGAAAGAAGGCUGCAACCAUAUGACGUGUCGAUGUAUGGCCGAGUUCUGCAUGAUAUGUGGCUGCAAAUGGAAGACCUGCGAUUGCCCAUGGUUCAAUUACUCCCAGCUACCAGAUCCAGAUCGGCUUAAUGAAUGGCGGAUACCAGAACCUAUUCAAGUCGUCUACCGAAGGGCUUUUGGUGCACCUGAGCCCGGCCAAACACCACCGCCGCCGAUAAAUGAUCCACCACGACCUGUCAAUCGACGACGACAGCCGACGUACACAGAAGAGAUUGACCAACGGCAGCGCCAGGAGCGUUUGGAUGAGGAUCUGGCAAGAAGGAUGCAGCUUGCAAGUUUGCUCGAGCCUGAAGACGGCCGCCAAGCACGGCAGAGAGCUGAUGUGGAAACAUGGGGACUUGGAAAUGCAGGCGGCCAUUUUCUGAACGAGAAUUUCGUUCAGAAUGCUGCCAAUGUCGUUAUGAGCGCUUUUGGAGAUGCAAAUAUGGGUCGUCGAGGAGAACGUGCCUCUGGACGGAGAAGACGUCCUCGUGAUCGACCACAAGACGCAGCCGACGCUGGCCUGCCAGCGAACUUUCUUGGAGAAGCAAGCGUUCUUGGUGUUGGGCCCGCCAACUCGAGGCCAUAG